AUGAGAGAAGCAAAUGUCAGUGAGUGGUAUUAUGAGUUCAAGUGGAACGACAAACCACUGGUCCCCAUCACUCCCAGUAACGUCCUCAGGAUUCCAGAGCUAACGCCCGACAGGAACGGGGAUUAUCAGUGCAUCGCUCACCACAACAGAUCAGAAGAGAGCAAACAGAGCAACAGGGCCACUCUCUCUGUGUCAGCACACAGACCCAGAGCCACAGUGAGAGCAUCCAGGACGUCCAUCCCAGUGGGCGGCUCUCUGACUCUGACCUGUUCUGUGGAGCAGUCUGCUGGUUGGAGCUACGACUGGUUCACACGUUCCCCAGACGCUGAGGAAACCGCCAUCGCAACAAAUCCUGUGCACAACUCUCUGAGCAUCUCACAGGGAGGCAGCUACUGGUGCAGGGGGAGAAGGACUCACUCAGAUUUCUUCUCAGAGAAGAGUCACGUGCAUCACAUCGACAGAACCUUGUCCAACAGAAGCUUUGUCGUGCUGCAACACAACUGGACUCAGAUAUUCAGCGGUGAGACGAUCUCUGUCAGGUGUGAGAUCCAGGGAGGAGGAGACACCCAGUGGGAAUAUGAAUGGAGGACAACAAGCUCCCACCAACCAGUCACUGGUCCAAACACAGCUCCCACACACAGUGAAUACAGGCUGGGCCCUGCCUCUGUUUUCCACAGUGGAGAGUACUGGUGUAAGGCCAGAGCGGACUGGUAUUCCUCAACAGAGUGGAGUGAGGCCUUCCAGCUGAGAGUAACACGUACGUCCAAUCAUCUUUCACAACCUCCACGAGGACGUUACGUCUUCACCUCUUUCUAUUGGUUGUUCUUAGCAGGACCAGUAAAAACUACUAAACCAAUUUCUGCCCAAUCCCCAGAAAGCAUCUGGGCAAAGUGUGAUCUGGAUGUGGACCUCAAGUGGUCCAUGAAUGCCGAUAAACCCAGGCCCAGGCUGACUGCUGAUGACACAACCAUCACAGGAAAGGGAAGCGUAGCACUGACCUGCUCUGUGGAGAACGCAGCUGAGUGGAGAUACGACUGGUUCAGAAGAACCUCAGCCUCCUCUGCAGCUCAGAUCCUAAGAUAUAAUGAAACAGAUGAUGAAAUCAGCAUCUCAGAGGAAGGCAUCUACAGCUGCAGAGGACGGAGAGGAGACACAAGCUUCCUCACAGAGGACAGCAACCGAGUCACAAUAGAGAACAGAGUUUCCCACAAGGCCUCUGUGGUCCUGCAACCUGACUGGUCUCUGGUCUUCAGCGGUGAGAGGAUCACUGUCCGGUGUGAGCUCCCUGCAGAUGAACUGACUGAGGUGGAGUAUGAAUGGACCAAUCCCACAGAUGAACUGACUGAGGUGGAGUAUGAAUGGACCAAUCCCACAGAUGAACUGACUGAGGUGGAGUAUGAAUGGACCAAUCCCACAGAUGAACAGACUGAGUGGGAGUAUGAAUGGACCAAACCCAACUCAACUUCGGCUCCAACACACAAUGAACACAGGAUUGUCAAUGUGUCCUCGUCCGACAGUGGAAGCUACAGGUGUUUGGCUAAAGACAAGAAGAACUUGAAUUCCACGACCGAGUGGAGCGAUGACGUCACAUUAACUGUUUCUGAAAGACCAGCGGCUCAGCUGAGUGCUGACCACAGAGCCUUUCCAGUAGGGGGCAGUGUGCUCCUGACCUGCUCCGUGGGCCCAGCAUCACCUGGAUGGAAGUAUUACUGGUACAGAGGUGAGAAGACCUCGGAGCCCCUGACGGAUGAGGACUUCAAGUCACAUGGACAAAGUGCUAGUGCCUCACGUGAAGGACUGUACUGGUGCAGAGGAGGAAGAGGAGAUCCAGUUUACUACACCCAGUACAGUCACCCAGUCAGGAUUCAUGGAAUCGUCCACAACAGAGCUGCUGUGACUCUUCAACCCAACUGGCCGAGCAGAUACAGAGGAGAAGCCGUCACCCUGAGGUGUGAGAUCCAGGGAGGAGACUCUGAGUGGGAGUAUGAAUGGACAGCAACCAGCUCACGUGCACCCCCCAACACAAAGGAGUUCAGGAUCAGUCUGGGGUCAGAUCUGAGCGGCAGCUACUGGUGUCAGGGCCGACUGAAAGGUGCAUGGCAGAACUCAACAGGAUGGAGUGCUCCCCUCACGUUGUCUGACGCGGCUGCACCACCACCUGUCCUCACUGUGUCUCCAUCAUGGCUGACUCCUGGAGCCUCAGGGACUCUCACCUGUGGGGGGGUUCCACAUCCGACUGCAGGGUGGAGGUUCUACUGGUACAGAGCUGACCCCAUUAGUUUGGAUCCAGUCCCCAGAUGUGGUUGGAAUGAUGUUCACACUCCUGAGAUCAGUUAUGAGCUGCUCCCAGGAAGCGACGGAGGAACUGAACAAAACUCCUCCGUCAUCCAAGGCCUGACGGAGUCAGCAGGUUAUUCAUGUCGAGCUGGAAGAGGAGACCCCGUGUUUUACACUGAGUACAGUAACACAAAGUGGGUGUGGCCUGUAGAUUCCAACUCGUCAGUGUCUCUCACAGUGAAGCCGGACUCAGUGCAGCACUUCGAUGAUGACAACGUCCGUCUGACCUGCGAGGGAAACUCUGAUGAGUGGAGAUUGUGGAUGUUUACUGGAGAAGUAGAAUUGACAGAGUGCAAGUCUCACAAGACAAUGACAAGCUUCUCAUGGAACAUAUAUCUUCCUUCUGGAGUUUACUGGUGUGGAUCUGGAUCAGAGAUCAGCAACGCAGUCAACAUCACGAGAGUUCAAAGUCCUGAUGUUAUCCUGGAGAGCCCUGCCCAUCCUGUGACUGAGGGACAGUCCGUUACUCUCAGCUGCUCAUUGUUCGAAGGAAACUUCUAUUCCAACAUCUCUUUCUACAAAAAUGGUGAUCUCCUCCAAAGUGAUAUCAGAGGGAAAAUGGAAAUCUCAGCUGUGUCAAAGUCAGAUGAAGGUUUCUACAAGUGUGAAAAUUCAGGAGUCUUCUCACCAGAGAGUUGGAUGUCAGUAAAAUUGACUCCUGCAGCACCUCCCUCUGCGUCUCCUGUGCUGCUGGUCGUUGGGCUGGUUGGAGGCUUCACACUGAUUCUCCUCCUCUCACUGCUGCUGUUGUGUUGGUGCAGGAAUUCAAAGAAUCUGUGUCGUGACAGGCUCAGCCAGUCUCUGAGAACCAAUCAGAGCUCUGACCCAACUGUCCAAUACGAUGAAAUCCAGCUGCCAGUGUACUCGUCUCUUCUCCACGGUGACGACUGCAUCUAUGACUCAAUCAGAGGAGACACGGAGGAAGGAACCCGAGGUGAUCCAGAGGAGACGUCUGACUACGUUAAUGAAAAUCCACAUUCAGCUUCAGGAGGACUAUGAAUGGUUCAUCUUCCAGAAAACAAGAGCAUGAAAAUCAACAUUCAUCCUGAAACACCUUCACAUGUUAGACUCACCAGUUUUGUAACUGUCAGGCCUGGACUAGAAUGAGGACUCAGACGCAGAGGAUUCACGUGCCAGCACACUUUAUUGAAAUCAGUUCCUCUAUGCAGAGUGACAAAAGAUCGGGCUAUGAAAAAACUCACUUUAUCUAUUCUUAACACUCACUAGAAAAAAGGAGGUUAUAAAACACAAUUCGCUCCCGAAGGAGGUCAAAACAAAAGGCUAUGGCAGGAAAUCAAAAGCGCUCCCGAAGGAGGAAAACCAAACUAUGAAAACGGGACAAAAGAAAAGGCUCACCUAAAAGGAGGCUCAAUAAACUAACCAACUCUCUAAACAUAAAUCACUCCAAAAGGGAGGAAGAAAAACAGAUUACCAAAACAACACAAAACGAAGCUAAACUAGAAAACUUUAACAAACCAAAAAUCACUCUCAAGGAGGAAACAGAAAACAACUCACGCGGCGUAGUAAAGAUCAAGGCAAACACGACUAUGGCUGUGGACAAGGGCUUAGGUUCACGAACAAGAACGAAACACUUCAGCACAAGACAAAGGGGAGACGCAGACUAUAAGCACAUGAGGGUGAAGGGAACAGGUGGAAACCAUCCGGAAUCAGUGACACAUGAGGAAGGGCAAGUGACCUGACACGAGAGGAGAGUUAGGAUUUCAAAAUAAAACAGGAAGUUACGAGACAGAAACCCCAAGACAAGACAAACCUCACUGCGGUGUGACAGUACCCCCCCCUCUAGGGCCGACUCCUGACGGCCCAGGCCGGUCAGGGUGGUCCCUGUGGAAGUCUCUGAUGAGUGUAGCGUCGACAAUGUGACGAGACGGAACCCACUGCCUCUACUCAGGACCAUAUCCUACCCAGUCCACCAGAUACUGUUUACCUCGGCCCCUUUUGCGAUCUGCCAGCAACCGCUUGACCUUGUAUACCAGACCGCCUUCAAACACUUCUGGGGGUGGCGGAGGGGUAGCGGCUGGAACCAUCGGGCUCUCCUUGGCAGGCUUGACCCGGCUUACAUGAAAGGUAGGGUGAACACGGAGGGAUCGGGGCAGGCGAAGGCGAAUUGCUGCAGGGCCGAUGAGCUUGGUGAUGAGAAACGGACCCACGAACUGCGGCGCUAGUUUCUUGGAAGGGACCAUAAGGUGUAGAUCCGUGGCGGAGAGCCACACUCUCUGUCCUGGCUGGUAGUUGGGGGCAGGUCGUCUCUUGCGAUCUGCAGUCUUCUUGACUCUGUCCCUUUGGCGAAUCAAUACCUGCGUGGCGGCUGCCCAGAUGCGGUGGCAGCGGCGAACCAUGGCAUGGGCAGAGGGAACAGACACCUCCAACUCGUUGUCUGCAAAAACAGGGGGCUGGUAACCAAAUGCACACUUGAACGGUGACAUACCAGUGGCCGAGGUGGGCAUACUCGACCCAGACCAGGUGUUUGCUCCAUGUGGAAGGAUUCUGAGAAACCAGACACCGGAGGCCGGUCUCUAGUUUCUGGUUUAGGCGUUCGGUCUGGCCGUUGGCCUCCGGGUGGUGGCCAACGGCCGGCUCCGUUGAGCCGGCAGAACUCCCUCCAGAACCGGGAGACGAACUGGGGACCCCGGUCUGAGACAAUGUCUUUGGGAAAUCCGUGAACCUUAAAAACAUUGUUCAUCAUGGUCUCCGCCGUUUCCUUGGCGGAGGGCAGUUUUGGCAGAGCAAUGAAUCUAGCCAUCUUGGAAAAUCUGUCCACCACUGUGAGGACAGUGGUGUUACCUUGGGAGACCGGAAGCCCCGUGACGAAGUCCACUGAGAUGUCAGACCACGGUCUGGAGGGGAUGGGAAGUGGCUGCAAGAGACCCAUGCGUGACCCGGAGGACGUCUUGUUCCGGGCGCAGACCGAACAAGCCUCUACGUACUCCCGGACCUCCGGUUCCAUGGAGGGCCACCAGAACCUCCAGGAGAUAGCGAACAUCGUUCUUCGAACCCCCGGAUGGCAGGAAAGCAGCGAGGUGUGUGCCCAAUGGAUCACCUGUGGGCGUAAUUCAACCGGGACAAACAAACGAUUCUCUGGGCACCCACUAGGUGAUCGGGCCUCACCAUUAGCCUGUUUAACCUCAUUUUCUAUCUGCCAAGUCAGUGCUCCAACCACACAGGUAAGUUGGAGGAUCGUUUCUGGGUCCUUGGCCACAGGUUCGGGGUCGAAGAGACGAGACAGGGUGUCUGGCUUGACGUUUUUGGACCCCGGCCUGUAUGAGAGAGAAAAAGAGAAUCGCUUAAAGAGUAGCGCCCACCUGGCCUGGCGAGAAUUGAGUCUUUUGGCUUUCUUGAUUUUUUCUAGAUUUCUAUGAUCAGUCCAGACAAUGAACAGAUGUUCAGCCCCCUCGAGCCAGUGUCUCCACUCCUCCAGUGCGAGUUUGACCGCCAGCAACUCCCGGUUACCAACGUCGUAGUUCCGCUCCGGACAACCGCCGUGACAGGAAGGCACAAGGAUGCACCUUACCAUCCUGCUCUGACCGCUGGGAGAGGAUGGGGAUGAUACCACGAACUGUCGUUGAGGGUCUGGCAGGGUGAGGAUGGGAGCCGAGGUAAAGCGGUGCUUGAGGAUCCGAAAAGCAGCAUCAGCUUCAGGAGACCAGUGGAACUGCACCUGUGUGGAGGUAAGAGCAUGGAGAGGGGCCGCUAUUGCGCUGAAGCCUCUGAUGAACCGCCUGUAGAAGUUAGCAAACCCAAGGAACUGCUGAACCCUUUUGCGGCUAUCAGGUGUAGGCCACUCGACCACAGCGCUAAUUUUAGCCGGGUCAGUCUGCACUCUUCCAGGGGCUACAAUGAAGCCCAGGAAGGAGACAGUGUCGGCAUGGAAUUCACUCUUUUCUGCUUUGACAUAUAGUUUAUUUUCUAGUAGUCUUCUCAGUACCUGAGUUACAUGGUCAUGAUGUUCUUUCAGGUCAGAGGAGUAGAUAAGUAUAUCAUCCAAAUACACAUACACGAAAAGGUCAAGAAAGUCUCUUAACACGUCAUUUAUCAUCACCUGGAAAACGGCAGGAGCAUUUGUGAGACCAAAAGGCAUGACCUUAUACUCAUAGUAUCCACUGGGUGUAUUAAAACCAGUCUUCCACUCGUCACCUUCUUUGAUCUGCACCAAGUGAUAGGCGUUGCGAAGAUCCAACUUGGUGAAGAUCUUGGCCUGUUGAAGCUGGUCAAACACGGAAGACAUAAGAGGAAGUGGAUAUCGAUUCUUUAUCGUGAUGUCAUUGAGUGGGCUAUAGUCAAUGCAAGGUCUUAAGGAGCCAUCCUUCUUCUUCACAAAGAAGAACCCGGCUCCGGCCGAUGAUGAGGGGCGAAUCAGCCCUGCUCUCAGGGAGGUCUCGAUGUACUCCCGCAUGGCUCCCCUCUCUGGCCCAGAAACUGCGUACAGGCGGCUCUUGGGAAUGGUUGAGCCCGGAAUCAGCUCAAUGGCACAAUCAAAGGGUCGGUGAGGAGGAAGUGAGAGGGCCUUAGUUUUGUUAAAAACCUCUUUGAGAUGGUGGUAACAGGAAGGCACGGAGCUCAGGUCCGGGUAAUUGGGAUCUGCGACGGGAUUGGCAGAAAUCAAUUUAAUGUUCGGGACUCCCUCCUCUCGAACCGAGAGGUUCAAACAGUUGCUCUCACAGUCCCCUCCCCAGCCCAGGAUCUCUCCUGUUCUCCAGUUUAUAUGGAGAUUGUGCUGACAUAACCAUGGCUGUCCUAAAAUUAGAGUCUGUGACGGUGACUUGAAUACAUAGAAGCAAAUGUUCUCCUGGUGAUGGUUAAUGCACAGUUUGACAGGUGCUGUGAUAUGUGUGAUAGUAAAAAGUUCCUGUCCAUUAAGUGCUUUAGCUCUGAUGGGCUUAGCUAAAAGUUCUGUGUGAAGGCCCAGUUGUUCUACUAGUUCCCAGUCCAUCAAACUUUCAUCAGCCCCUGAGUCGAUGAGCGCCUUGAGUUCAGUGGUGGUGUGGUGCAUUACCUGGACGGUCGUGAGAGUAUGUGAGGUGAUGCCAGAACCCUUGAAUUCACCAGAUGACCGGAUUCACCGCAGUAGAAGCAUCGGCCCUCCUGCAGACGUCUCCGUCGUUCCCCGGGUGUUAGUCGAGCUCUUCCUAGCUGCAUGGGCUCUCCCUCUUCCGGAGGGGAAUGAUGAUGUCGCUCUGGCGGUGAUCGACGGGUGGUAGAGCAUCCUGGUGCUUGAGUGCGUAGGGGUCUCUCCAUCGUUGUGGGUCUCGGGAGACGUUGGUGCCUAAGUUGACGGGUUCUGUUGUCUGUCCGGAUUGCAGGUGCGAUGAGUGAGUCGAGAUCUGUAGGUAGGUCCAAGGGAACCAGAAGGUCUUGGAUAGGAGCUGCCAGCCCCUUCAAAAACACGUUGUAUAAGGCCGUUGCGUUCCAGCCACUCUCCGCCGACAAGGUGCGGAAACGGAUAGCGUAAUCACACACGGAGUCGCUGCCCUGUCUCAGCCCGCUCAGCUCCCCAGCCCUCUCCCGGUCGUUCGUUACCGGGUCGAAAGUCUUCCGCAGCGCCGCUUCAAACUCUGUGAGGGAGUGGCAAACUGGCGAAUCCCGGGCCCACUCUGCGGAGGCCCAUGCCUUGGCUCUUCCGGUAAGGUGGGAAAUCAUAAAGGCGAUCUUGGAUCAGUUAGACGGAAAAGCAUGGGGGUUUAGUUCAUAGUGUAUGGAGCAGUCUAUGAGAAAUGUCUUACAUAACCCCAGUUCACCAGCGAAUCGUGCUGGUGGGGCUAGCUUGCAUCCUGCUCCAACGGCCGGCCCAGUCAGGACGGGUACCACGGGUGUAGCAGCCGCUACUACCGGAGGCUUGGGUGCUGUAGUUGCCUGCACUAGAAGAUCGUGCAGGCCCUGAAAUUCUGUAGCGAGAAGCCCCAUAUGGGAUGCCAUGGCGGUUUGGAAUUCCUCCUGACGGGAGAGCCGGGCUUCUUGGGCUCGCAGGACUGCCGUGAGUUGUUCCAUCCCUGCUGAGUCCAUACUGGCCAAAGUGUAAUGUCAGGCCUGGACUAGAAUGAGGACUCAGAUGCAGAGGAUUCACGUGCCAGCACACUUUAUUGAAAUCAGUUCCUCUAUGCAGAGUGACAAAAGAUCGGGCUAUGAAAAAACUCACUUUAUCUAUUCUAAACACUCACUAGAAAAAAGGAGGUUAUAAAACACAAUUCGCUCCCGAAGGAGGUCAAAACAAAAGGCUAUGGCAGGAAAUCAAAAGCGCUCCCGAAGGAGGAAAACCAAACUAUGAAAACGGGACAAAAGAAAAGGCUCACCUAAAAGGAGGCUCAAUAAACUAACCAACUCUCUAAACAUAAAUCACUCCAAAAGGGAGGAAGAAAAACAGAUUACCAAAACAACACAAAACGAAGCUAAACUAGAAAACUUUAACAAACCAAAAAUCACUCUCAAGGAGGAAACAGAAAACAACUCACGCGGCGUAGCAAAGAUCAAGGCAAACACGACUAUGGCUGUGGACAAGGGCUUAGGUUCACGAACAAGAACGAAACACUUCAGCUCAAGACAAAGGGGAGACGCAGACUAUAAGCACAUGAGGGUGAAGGGAACAGGUGGAAACCAUCCGGAAUCAGUGACACAUGAGGAAGGGCAAGUGACCUGAAACGAGAGGAGAGUUAGGAUUUCAAAAUAAAACAGGAAGUCACGAGACAGAAACCCCAAGACAAGACAAACCUCACCGCGGUGUGACAGUAACAGCUCAUUGGAAAGAACGACUUGAUCUGGAUUGAAUUUCAGUAUAAAUGAAAAAAGAAAUGUUGUGAUAUUUGCUUUUGUGUUUACGUUCAAUAUUUCAAUUGGCUGAUAUGGGCCUUUUAAGAUAUGCUCCGAUAUGAAAAGGUUUAUUUUACAGGAUGAACAAUGUGCUUUAUGAUUAUAUUUUACAUGGAACUUUUUUUGUCUUAAUUCAAGUUCUAUAUAUUCUGUCGUAUUUGUGUUUUCUUUCAAUUUAUUAAGAAUAUUGUUUUACUUAAGCUUUAAUUUGCAAUUUCAUACACAAGUGAUGUUUUUUACUCCUUGAUAUCAGUAUCUGCAUUGGCCCCUAAAAAAAGUUUAUUCUGUAUAUUUUUGCCGCCAUCAUGCAACAAAAGUUUGAAUGCAACCUUUGAUGUUUUCCAUUCAUACGUAUAAAUAUGUAUUUUUUAUUAUUCACCAAUGACUCAAUGGAGGACGAUGUCAGAAAGGACAUCGUCUGUCUGUGGUUAUGUUCCAUAUACAGUCUGUGGUGAUGUUCCAUAUACAGUCUGUGGUUAUGUUCCAUAUACAGUCUGUGUGUUAUGUUUCAUAUACAGUCUGUGGUGAUGUUCCAUAUACAGUCUGUGGUUAUGUUCCAUAUACAGUCUGUGUGUUAUGUUUCAUAUACAGUCUGUGGUGAUGUUCCAUAUACAGUCUGUGGUUAUGUUCCAUAUACAGUCUGUGGUUAUGUUCCAUAUACAGUCUGUGGUUAUGUUCCAUAUACAGUCUGUGGUGAUGUUCCAUAUACAGUUUGUGGUUAUGUUCCAUAUACAGUCUGUGGUUAUGUUCCAUAUACAGUCUGUGGUUAUGUUCCAUAUACAGUCUGUGGUUAUGUUUCAUAUACAGUCUGUGGUGAUGUUCCAUAUACAGUCUGUGGUGAUGUUCCAUAUACAGUCUGUGGUUAUGUUCCAUAUACAGUCUGUGGUGAUGUUCCAUAUACAGUCUGUGGUUAUGUUCCAUAUACAGUCUGUGGUGAUGUUCCAUAUACAGUCUGUGGUUAUGUUCCAUAUACAGUCUGUGGUUAUGUUCCAUAUACAGUCUGUGGUUAUGUGUGAUUAUUUCCAUGGCUCAUAAUUCUCGGUUUGAUGAAAACACUCGUCUGCAGACAGUUUUGCUUUUUAUUUUGAAAUGUGAUGAACUGUAACAGAUUAUAAUUCAAACACAUAAUUUGAUGUGUUCUUUCUUUUAUCUUCAUUAAACUUUGAAAUCCCA